CUGGCCAGCCGAGCUGGCGAUCACUUUUAAAGCUCCCUCACUCUUUUGCUCCUAGCGAUAAAGCUUGGUCACGUAUUAUCAUCGAAUCAGUUAUAGUUCACACAAUGAGGGAGGGGUGAAAAAUUGUUUUCGCAUUGGAAAUAUCAACCGAACUACCAUAAAUAUAUUUCCGAAAGGUGAACAAGAUAGGAAACUUACGGAGUGUGCGCGCUGGCGAAUUACAUUCAGUCUCCUAGUCGACCGGCUAGUCUCCUAGCCGACAUGCGCUGGGAGAUAAUGCAGUGUUCGGCGGAACCCAGUCCCUGCUUAGACGUAGCGGCGCUAGCUGUUGACGAGACAACCGUAUCCGUCAGAUCGGUCGCAGCUUCCACAACAGGGCUGGGCGGCAUCAAAAUCUCGGCCUUCUCCCUCCUAGUCAACGGUUUUUCGCAGUCGAGCAGCAGCGGUGGUGUUCUUGCUGGCCGACGCCCAGCUGCCGCAGCAACAACAACAUCAGCCGUACGUUUGCAUAGCACUAGCAGCUCGUCCAGUAGCACCAGCGACGACGACGCUGAUCACAGCAGUGACGGGCGAAAUAGCCAAAAAAGCCAAAGUGCGGCCAGUUUGGUGGAAACGCGCAAACCCAAGAGACCGAACCAACUCCAACUUCCAUGUGUAGCCCGCCCUGCUAAGCAAUCCAACGGACACAUCACCAUGGCCACGGAAGACCUACUCCAACCCGGACAUGUCGUCAAGGAACGCUGGAAAGUGGUGCGCAAGAUUGGCGGAGGCGGUUUCGGUGAGAUCUACGAGGGAGUGGACUUGGUGACGCGUGAACUGGUCGCCCUGAAACUCGAGUCGGCCAAGCAACCGAAACAGGUCCUGAAAAUGGAAGUGGCCGUCCUCAAGCGACUCCAAGGUAAAGAGCACGUCUGCCGCUUCAUCGGAUGCGGCCGCAACGAUCGGUUCAACUAUGUCGUCAUGCAGCUACAAGGUCGUAACCUGGCAGAGUUACGGCGUGCCCAGCCCAGAGGUGCAUUUUCUUUAUCGACCAGCCUCCGUCUGGGUUUGCAAAUACUCAAAGCCAUAGAAAGCAUCCAUGAAGUCGGAUUUCUUCAUCGCGAUAUCAAACCCUCCAACUUCGCUAUGGGUCGCGUGCAACACACGGGUCGUCGAGUAUUUAUGCUGGAUUUUGGUCUGGCUCGUCAGUACACGACGGCCUCAGGAGACGUAAGGCCGGCCCGUUCAGCAGCCGGUUUCCGAGGAACCGUUCGUUACGCAUCGAUCAACGCCCAUAAAAACAAAGAAAUGGGCCGACAUGAUGACUUGUGGUCCCUUUUUUAUAUGCUGGUUGAAUUCGUUAACGGCCAACUUCCGUGGAGGAAAAUCAAAGAUAAAGAACAGGUGGGAUUGAUGAAAGAGCGUUAUGAUCACCGUUUGCUUUUGAAACACUUGCCAUCAGACUUUAGGAGUUUCUUGGAACACAUUCAGUCGCUUCAGUAUGUCGAUAAGCCAGAUUAUUUGAUGCUUGCCGGAGUACUAGAACGUUGCAUGAAACGUCGGGGCGUCCGCGAUUGCGACCCGUAUGAUUGGGAGAAGCUUGCGGAGGCACCGCAAUCAGUUACGACAUCGUCUUCUUCAGCACCUGUGCCAUCCAAGCAACAACAGCGCAUUAUUACUAAUCCAGUCACGGCCAAUGUAACGACCGAAAAUCUCGGUGAAGAUCCACUGGCGGCCAGUAUCGGUUUGAAUAAUCAAGAGAACAUGCAUCCUGGCGAAAUGGUAGUGACCGCCGUGGCAGCUGGGCCAACCAUCGCGGAUAGGAGAACUCCAUUGCAAAACGCACAGAUGGUUUCAUCCGAGAAGGAAGGAGGAGCAAAUGGCGAUGGAUCGAAAUCACCGGCAACUGUAAAUGGACAAUCCGCACAAGUUAAUGCCCAGGAGAAAUCGCCCAAAAAACGAAAAUUGGAAGGUGGAGCUGAUGCUGCAGCGCCACCUCCUCUCACUCAAGAGAGGCAGCCGCGGAGGGCCCUUGUGGCGGAAGCAGCCACUCCUGAUUCGCUGGUGGACACUGAAAACAGCCCAGAUGCAGCUGCCCGGCAAGAAUCGGGCACGGGGUUAGUGGAAACAGAAACAGGUUUUGCUCCGCUGGCCGUGUCGGCCUCGAUGCCGACCGUUCUGGUCACUGCCAGAUCGCCACGUAAUUUCGUUCCAUCGCACAGUGUCCCACAGUCGCCCAGCACCCCGGCUGACGUCGAAGUUACGGAUGCACAAGUAACUUCGGCUAUUCGGAUGGCUGGCGGUAUAGCUGGCCAACCUUGUAGUGGGAUGGUGGGAUCACCCUCUGGUGGAGGUGUCGACAAGGGCGUCCGCGGACGCACCAAUCUCCGGCGCUUCCACAGCAUGCACGCCCACAAUCACAGCCCGGGAAGCAGUCGCGGAGUACGGAUCAGCAAAGAGGUCAAGGAUCGUGAUAGAGAACGUGAUAGGGAUACGUCUUACACCCAAUGUGCCGUAAUGGACGAUGAUAACGUAUCGGCCCUUCAGCAGAUGACGCGAGCCGGUGGAGGAUUGACUUUGGCAUCUCAGUGGAAAUCGCAAUUUGACGAUUCCGAAGAAACGGACGACGAACUGCAAGGCGAGCAUUUACAGAGCCCCGAGCAUUUGCCAGCAUUGGCCCGGCUCGGUGUGGCUAUGCUGCAACAGCAAAUGUUCGGCUACGGCUCUGCUCCCACUUCGCCCAUCAUGUUGCGAGCAGUCAGUCCGAAUCCCCAAGACGAGCACGCGUUGGCCAUGGAUUCAGCAGCGCAAUAUUUCAACGAACGAUCGCAAAACAGUAAUCAGAACAACAACAACAACACGUCUGGCCAAACGGCCAUUUGCGUUGCUACAUUGCCCAGGAGGUCGAAAAGACCACCGGAACGUCUAACUAGUGAAGAUAAUCAACUAGUUAAAGGCUCGACCCUCGACGGAUUAGACGUUGAAGGAGCCAACACGAUGCAAGCACUUUUGAAUAGCGAAGGGCUGCCACGAACCUGGAGUAAUCCUCAAUUGUCGUCACACAUCCGCCCAGGUUUAGAACCGCCACGAUUGCAACAGGCGGCUUUCGAUGAUUGUGUCUAUGCUGUCGAUAUGAUGAGGAAUGUUGCCGUCAAGCAAGGUGCUGCUACACCAACGUCUACUACCAAAGAAAACGAUCCUUUUGCUGAUGAAAUCGAAAGAAAAUUUAGUUUACCAGCUAGGAUGUUAUGCCAAACAAGUGCUGCCAUCUUACAGUCAAAAUCGGAUUCACAAAAUGAUUCUUCUCAAGCUCCUGCCAUUGCCGGUCGGUUAGAAAUCCGCAUGGUGGAACAGCCUACAUCUCGUCCUCCCGGAGACCAGACGACGGAGCUCUCUACUACCCCAGCUCUUUAUGUAGCUACAGCGAGCGGCAAUGAGACGUCUGCCGAGAGAAGUGCAGCUUCAGUAUCUACCCAUCAAUCGGUAGCACAUCCCGUAGUCCUUGCAGUCCCUAUUGUCGAAGAAGCAACUGUUUUCUAUGAUGCCCAACCGACUGGAGAUGAAGAUACCUUUCGAACCGCCUUAUUGGGUGGAACGAUGAAUGCUGGUGCAUGCAAAACGGGACUGUCAGUUGGACUGGUAGAACCAGAAACUGAGCGGCUUGAAGUGAAAUCGAUCACUCAGGAUGACGAUAAUGAAUCACUUUCGCCUGAGAAAACCUCUCGGCUGUCGUCAGUUCCAGGUGCCAAAUCGCCACAGCAACAACGUCGAAUCGGCAUAGUGGUGCCACCUGUCCCUCCACAUUUGGAAACUCAUGCUUUGGGCGAUCUCGGUCUUUAUCGAGAUGGAACCAGAGAGGAUCGCCAUCGUAGCCAAGAUGUAGAAGGAGAAACUGAAGAAGAGGACGAUGAUGACGAUGACGAUGAAUGUGAAGAAGAAAAGAAUAAGAAUGACGGAGAAGAAGGUGAUGCUGAUGAUGAAGAAGGAAAUAAAAGAAUUCGUCAAGAUUAUCAAGUCCUGAGCGAGCAGCUGGACGAGGAGAGUCGGAAAAUUUCCGUCAUCAACCUAAACGAUUUAAGUGCCGCUUUUCAAGCAUCGAGCCGGAUGCGUACUCCUCGCCAUUCUCCGCCACCUUCCGAAUUGCCAUCGCAACAGCCGGAACAACAGCGACGCUACUCGCAGGACGAGCGUUCGCAAGCAGUACGUCUUGUUUCGGGCUAUUUGUCACAAAUGACCUCAUCUGCGGCCCAAACGGGUGGAGAUGAGGAAGAAGCAAGUGGUGGAGAUGCGACAGGUUCGGUCGGCAAAGGAUCCCGUUACGAUCGGGAAGAUGAGACCUCGACUGGCCGUCGUAAGAGACAAGGAGUAGAAAAGUAUGUCUCGGACAACUCUCAGCUCAAUUUGCAAUUCGAGCGAAGGCGAUCUCAUCGUCCUCAAAGUAGCGAUAUGACUGGGUUGAUGGUGGUUCAUCAUUCGCCUACGCUACGCCAUCGGAGCAGUCUCGCCACGGCUCCUGAUACUGCCUACACGUCGCAUCCGUCAUAUUUGGAUACACGAUCAAGGCAGUCUCCGCAGGUGCCAUCUGUUGGUGGUUUAGCAGCUUUGAACAGCUCCUACGAAAUCAGCCGGGUCCGUUCUUCGCCAUCUCUGGUGCCGUCGACGAGUCGUUUCCCUUUUCACUACACCCCGCAUCCCCCAACAGGCAAUCCGCCCACUCUUCGCGAACUCGACGCCAGGCUCCGCCGCUAUCGCCCGGUCUCGUUUCGUGACGGCACCUCGUACAGCCGCCGCUAAACGCCGCAUCUUAUGAUAAUUUUCUUUUUUUUUCCGUAUCGUCAAAAAUGGCAGCUUUUCAUCACGCAACUUACAAGUUCUAGAUCACAGCACUGAUGUCUGGGUUUUAUUUAUAGUUUCUAGUCUCUUUUUCAUUCACGCUAGUCAAUACCCUUACCCGCCCUACCCCAAAUUCGAAAUCGAUAUUGACGAUUUUAUUAUCUAACGAUGCAUUUUUUUGAAUCACCGAGCUUGUUUCGACUGGGCCGACUCUAUUCCAUUCGCCGGUUGUAGCCCCCUCCAAACCUUCGCAAUAUGGACUUUUAUUAUACAUUUCUUGUUUAAUUCAUGACUUUAUAAUAUGUUUUGUUUUUCUUUGUCCUCGAAUUUAUGCCAAGCGCGCGUUUAGAGGUACACUAGAAAAACAUCAGCUGCUAUGUGAUAAUAACAUCACUUUUGCUGCUGUUAAAAAACACAUCUAUUGAUUUAUUUAUUUUUGCAUUUUAUUUGACUCUCAUUUCCAUAAGUUUUGGUAACACUGUUCGCGUGCGUGUCAAUCCCCCUAUUGCCCAGAAGACAUUUUAUGUACUUCAACUGGUAUUUGUGUUGUGGUCUUAUUAGAUUUCGGAAUAUCGUUUGUUUUGGUUUUUUUUUUCUCCCCCCUUUUUCCUUCGACUUAGUGUCAGCUAUACAUAUUUACUUAACGGUGCUCUCCCAUUCGCAAAAAAUGAUCUGUGACUUUUUCUGUUUGACAUCCCCCCUCCGCUCGGCCGAAACCCUUCACUUCUGUUGUACUCAGUCAGCGCGGUGGGAAACCAAAAACCAAAAAAUAAAAAUACAUUGUUUGAAGCUA